CAAGAGAUCUUUCGAGAACGCAGACUCACUAAAAGAAAAGCAUUUGAAGAAAGAAAUAAGAGGAAAAGAUUAGAAGUCCGCCGACGCGAAAAUAAGACUAAUAGAAUGAAAAAGAUACAAAAACAAAAAGGUGGAAGCGUUGUCGGAGGGGCGGUUAUUCAAAGAAUAGCG